UUUUUUUUAUGACAAUUGCAGCCGGCCUUUAAAGGAGAUUUUGCUGAUAGUUAUUUUGCGAGAUUCAAUCCAGUAAGUACCGAUCGAUCUGUACUCUCGUCAGUAAUCAGUUGAAACUUACUGACUACGGAUUAGCUUCAAGAUUAAUUAAUUAAUUAAUUAUUUGAGUAAUAGAUAAUAAUUACUAAUACUUUAUAAGAAUAAUGUUGCGAAAAGUUUUCAAUGCUGUUGCUACGCGCUAUCAACAAAUAGCGUACACUGCUGGUAGGUCGUUGACCCUUACUUUUUUGUUGUAUAUUCCCAAUACCAUGCCGUAUGGCCAAGUACCGGUACUCGAGAUAGAUGGAAAAAAAAUAAAUCAAUCAGUAGCAAUUUGCCGUUAUUUAGCGAAACAAUAUGACCUUGCGGGUGAAGAUGAUUGGCAGAAUCUGAAAAUAGAUGCUACUGUUGAAACCAUACACGAUAUUCGUGCAAAGAUAGCUGCAUAUCACUAUGAACCUCAUCUUGAAGCUAAAGAAGCCAGAUAUGAGCCAUUAGUUACUGAAAUUCUUCCGUUCUACUUGUCACGAUUGGACGCUCAAGUAAAAAACAAUGGCGGAUUUAUGAUAGACGGAAAAUUGACUUGGGCUGAUUUGGUAUUCGUAGCUUUGUUGGAUUAUUUAAACUUUAUGGCAAAGUUUAAUAUUAUAGAAAAGUAUGAAAAUCUGACAGCUCUCAAGCAUAAGAUUCUUGAUAUUCCAAACAUUAAAUCCUGGAUUGGCAGGCGUCCCCAAACUGAACAAUGAAUUGUGUACCAUAUGAUUACAUAACUCGGAAGACCAUAUUUGCAUUUCCUUUUUACAUUCAUUAUACUUAAGAUAUUAAUAUUAAUAUUAAUAUAUUGUAAUUUGCAAUUUGUAAGAGUACAAAUAAUUAUUACACUCACACACACACAUACACUUACAAACCUCAUUAAUUAACUAUAAAUAAAUAUUUUAUAUCAAUA